AUGGGUGCUUACCUCUUUUGGGCGAGCAGCUCUUCCGGCCCCGCGCGUCGCCAGUCGGUCCACUUUAACGAGCCCAUGCCGCCCUAUCGUCGCUCCGCCCGCAUUUCCAACGUCUCCAACGUCGCGCCGCAAAUCAUGACGUCUUCUCCGGCGACCCACAAGCUCUCCCUCUCGGCAUCGGCAGUUCACAACAUGUGUAAGAGCCUGAAGGCAUCGCUUCUGCAGAACAUGGAGGGUGCCGUCGACGCGGACAUCGAGAAGUCCCUGAAGCCUGUUCCCGAGGGAUCCACGACGUCGAGCAUCCUCUGCACGCCGUUCAACGCCGGCAUGGCGUGCCGCAGCCUGGUAUAA